AUGCCGCACAUCCGGCACGUGCCUUCCGAUGAGAAGGAGCUGAGGGCACGCCUGCAGGAGGCCGCCUUAGGGACGCAUCAAUCGGGACCCCGACGGCCCAAGAUGAGCGCCGCCGUAUUGAAGAGCCAGGCCAACAAAAAGCGUAAACUCGACAAAGAAGCGGCAUGGCGGGAUGAUAUCAGAGCCAAGGCCGCAGCCAUCCAAGCGAUGCAGCAGCAGGCCAAGAAAAGAAAGAAAUAAGUGUAUU